AUGUCUAUAGCGGGGGUCAUUUACUCUCUUUUUUUUUUUUCUUUAUUUUGUUCAUUUUUUUGUCUUGUUUACGCAUUUGUUUUUAUUUCCUUAUCCAUCUUCUUUCUUUCUUUUCUUUCUUUCUUUCUUUCUUCUACCAUCUCUUUCCCCCCUCUAUUUCUCUCUCUCUCUUUCUUUCUUCAUUUUUCUUUGUUUCUUGUAAAAUUUCUUUCUUUUAUCUUUUUCUCUCUCCUUUCUUUCUUUCUUUCUUUUUUCUUUCUUUCUUUCUCUCUUCUAAAUCUUCUUUCUCAUUUUCGGCUAUCUUUUCUUUCUUACUUUCUAACAGAUAUUUCUCUUUCUUGCUUUAUUUUAUUUUAUUUUCUUUCGCUUUCCAUUCCUUUUUUUUUCAUUCUUUAUUUUCUGCUCUUCCACCAACAGGUAACCAUUACUGAUUCUGUUAUUAUUAUUUCUUCGACAUGUCUUUCUCUUCGUUUUUAA